AUGAUACUCGGCCCAGUUUCCUAUAUCGACUGCAUCGUGUUCUGCUGCUUCCUCACACCACAACUGCUGAUUCACGUCGGCCUCAUCAAGACUGUCGGUGUUGUGCUACAGUGCCUUCCAUUCUUAUGUGGUCCAUUUGUUCAGGUCGCGUCUCCGUUUGAGGACUUUGUGAUCCGCUGUGUUCGAUAUGCAUUCGCCCAUAUACCGCCGCAAGUCGGUCGGGUCUUCUUCUUGAAGGCCGUGGCUCUGCCGUUUAUCAGGUUCAGAAUGUUGCGCCAUGGGUAUAUAAGGACUCCUGCGCACUGGCAUGAAUUCCAAGAUAAGCACUUCAAAGGCAUAUGGAUCAUUAAGGAUCCGAUGAAGAAACCGGAUGUUUGCGUCUACUACGCGCACGGUGGUGGGUUUGCAAUGGGUUCCUCUUACUUCUACCUCGAGUUCCUCCUGACCUGGCUGUCUAUACUCGGUGAAAGUGGGUACACCAAUCCAGCCAUCUUCGCGCUGGAAUACACACUCGUCCCAGACAGUUGCUUCCCAACCCAAGUGGAGGAGGCCAUCGCCGGCUACAAUCAUGUGCUUGCAAUAGUGCAAAAUCCAUCCAGAGUCUGUGUAAGCGGAGACUCGGCAGGCGCAGCUGUGAUCUUGAGCUUGCUGCUGCAUCUAGCCAACCUGGACUGGGACUCCGACAAAAUGAACGGGACGGGUUCUUGGCGGCUUGCGAAACCCAGGUUGUGCGUGCUCAUCUCCCCUUGGGUUACGCUUAUUUCGCCAAAACAUCGGAACACCGCGAGCGACUACCUCGAAGAUGGGAACCUGCAUCAUUAUGCACGGCAGUACGCCGGCAAGAAGGUCCCGACAGAUGAUCCUCUGAUCUCGCCGGGAAACUGCGGUGACGCGAGCUGGUGGGAAAGAGCCUGUCCUCCAGGAGGCAUACACUUUGCGUACGGCGCAGAAGAGGUAUUCGCACCAGAAGUUAGGGGCCUGAUUGAGUUUUUGGACUCGAACAGUGUAAAUGUCAGUAGCAAGGAGGAACCAGGCGGCAUACAUGCUUGGCCUGUUGCCUCGCUAUUUUUGAGCACAUCGCCCGAAAGUAGGCAGAAGGGACUCAGAAGUCUGGUGGAGAAAAUAAAGGAGAGCAUAAAGCCGUAAUCGGAAAUAGAUGUAUAAAUGUAGUUGUAGUGCGUCGAGCAUAUGUAACACUACGAGCAAGAUAACUUCAUAUUGUCAUGUCAGAUUAGAUCAAGUAAACCUUCAUCGACCCCGAUAAUGGAAGACGAGAAACCAUAAUACUGGAGUAUUCGGCUUCUGAACCCCAAGGUUGGUCUCCGGAAUUUUAAAAGCUCUUUGAUUUUUU